CGACUUGGUCUCGACGAAUUCGUUUUGAGGCGGGGAAUUUUCCGAAGCAAGCGUAAUCGAGGACUUAGCCUCUUGCAAGGGGUAAAGAUGGGCGUCAAGUCCAAGACAGGGAAGCAGCGUCGUGAUAAGUUUUACCAUCUCGCCAAAGAAACCGGAUACCGCAGCAGAGCUUCCUUCAAAUUAAUUCAGUUGAAUCGGAAGUUCGAGUUUCUCCAGAGAGCCAGGGUCUUGGUGGACUUGUGCGCUGCACCAGGAGGAUGGCUUCAAGUCGCUCAAAAGUAUAUGCCCGCGUCGUCGCUCAUCGUGGGAGUCGAUCUGGUUCCGAUCCGGCCCAUACCGAAUGUUGUGGGCCUUACGCACGACAUAACUACCCCAGAAUGUCGGAAAGCACUCAGAACCGAACUGAAGACGUGGAAGGCCGACGUGGUACUGAACGACGGAGCUCCGAAUGUCGGUAAAAAUUGGCUCCAUGAUGCCUAUGCACAAAUCUGUCUAUCGUUACACGCCGCGAAGCUGGCGUCUGAAUUCCUCGUGAAGGGAGGAUGGUUCGUGACGAAGGUUUUCCGAUCGAAAGACUAUAAUGCUUUCAUUUGGGUACUCAAGAAACUCUUCAGGAAGGUUUCGGCGACCAAACCGAGAGCCUCUCGUCACGAAUCCGCUGAGAUUUUCGUCGUCUGCCAAGGUUUUGUGGCUCCGGACAAGCUCGACGACAAAUUCUUCAAUCCUAAAUAUCUCUUCGAAGAGCUGGACAUCUCCCAAGAGUCGGCGGCGAAAAAUGUUCUCGAGCGCGCCGCCAGUCUGAAGAAACCUAAAGCUGAGGGGUACAAAGAGGGCGCGAAGAUGUACGAAACCAUCCCGUGUAUGCAGUUCAUCAAAUCGGUCAACUUCAUGGAACUCUUAGGGGAAGUUCACGAGAUCUUGUUGGACUCAGAGCGAGUACUCAACCACCCUCUGACCACGGACGACAUCAAAGAGUACUGUAAGGACAUCAAAGUUCUCGGGAAGGGAGACCUGAAGACUCUCUGCCAAUGGCGUAGGAAGCUACACGAGCAGUUCAAGAAGGAAGACGGGGAGGAGAACGUCGAAGACGUUGAAAUGGACGACGACAACGAGGACGAAGACGACGAGGAGACGAAGCUUCUCAAGCAUGUUCAACAGAUGAACGCAGACGCCCUGCAAGAGCUGAAGCGGGUGAAACGGAAGAAAUUGAGGCAGCUGAAAAAGACCAGAGACGCUCUCAAUCUCAAGAUGAUCAUCAAGGGAGACGAGGGGAUCGUUCAGGAAGACAAGGAUAUUUUCCAGUUGAAGACUCUCGAGGAGAGGAAACGCAAGUUGCAGGAUGGAGACUGUCUCUCAGACGAUUCUGACUUGGAGGAGAUCGGAACCAGUGGAGUGGCUAUCAGCCGGAAACGAACCGCCGACGAAGCUUCAGAUUCUGAUGGUCAGAUGGAAUGGGACGAGGACGAGGAUACCGUGGAUCCGAGUCGGAUCGUGACCGAUAUGGGGACCGAGAAAGAUCGCAGGAAAGAGAAGGCCGCUUCGUGGUUCAGUAGCCGCGCCAAUCUCACCGGAAUCGACGAAGACGAUCUGUACGAGGAUAUUCCGAGUUUGAAAAGGGUCCGCUACGAAGUAAAUAAGGAUCUCAAGGAGAAAAAGAAGAAGAAGAACGAGCAGAAGUCUAAGAAGACGAAGGAGGAUGGCGUGGAUUCUUCAGACGACGAAUACGAUGAUGUCCUGGAGACAGAAAAACAGCAAUACAUCGAUGAGAUCGAAGCUGAGCUUGACGAAAUAAGGAAGGAGAAAGAACAGCGUAAACCGCAAAUCAAGAAAGCUCUGGGUAUCGUUACUGAGAUGCAAGAGAAAGAGAAGGAAGGAAUCCCCAUGCUGGACGCCUAUGGUCGUGCUCUGGGUGAACGACUGAUCCAGAGCGGGAAGAGUCGGAGAGACCUCUUCAACGAAGGCUUCCACCGAUACAUGUCGGACGAUAGAGAGAACCUGCCGUCGUGGUUCAAGGACGACGAAAAGAAAUACUGCGUUAAGCUGCCCGAGGUCAGCUCCGAAAGCUUACGGAGGAAUCGCGAGGACUUGAAGGAAGUCAACGUCAAGACGAUCAAGAGGGUUGUCGAAGCGAAGAGUCGCAAGAAGCGGCGCUUCAUGAAGAGGAUGGACAAGGCCCGCAAGAAAGCUGAGGAUCUCUGCGGCAGCCUAGACAUGAGCGAGACGGAAAAAGCGCAAAACCUGAAACAAAUCUACUCGAAGGCUCUCAAAAAGGACAAGAAGGAAGUGAAAUAUGUUGUUUCGAAGAAGUUCCAAGGACUCACGAGGGUUCCGAAAAUCAAGGGCAACGUCAAAUACAAGGUCGUCGACUCGAGGAUGAAGAAAGACCUCCGCUCCAUGAAGAACAAGGAGAAAACCAGGGGUCGGAAGAAGGGUGGCAAAGGGAAACGGAAAUAGGUUUCGGGGACUGCCGCUGGCCUUUGUAAAUAAACACGUUUACA